UUCGGGUCACGGUACUCGAAACUUUCAGGUUACCCGGCGAUAUUGCCGACGGACAUCGCGCCCGGGAUAUAUCUACCAUAUUCCACGCUCUUAAGACACUCGUGGCUCUCUGCGAAUCGUUUGCACAGCUAUCCGUGGGCGAUUUCCAACCACACGCGAAAAUACAUUUAGUGAGUAGGGUAUUGUGCGCGAUAGAAUCGCGGUAUAUAUUUAAGUUACGAGCGCGGUCACGUGCAGACGAGAUUUCCCUCACAAUCGCUUAUCUAUCCAUAAAAAUUCCACGUUUUCCCAACGAAAAUAGGCCACAUGUGCGUAUCUUGGCACCGAUCCAAUUCUUAAACGCAAUGUGACCAUUUUCACCGACUUCUGUUCACGAUUUACUAUCGGGGCGGCAGUCCAAUUCGCAAUUAUUAUUGAAUUAGUUCCUCAGAUGAGUAAAUAGGCGGGACGGAUGGGCGAAUAGACCUUGUCACUUGUGCGGAUGGAAUGCAAAGAGAACUCAAGUCUAACAGCCCAGCUCUCAGUGACACGCGAACAGCGAUCAGCGUCGCACGUUGCGACUCUUUACGACGUUGAAACCCACGAGAAUCGAGCGAUACCUAUAUUCGUAUAGAAAAAUAAACGGAGAUUGUGUAUCUCCUUCUUCUCCUCCUUCUUCCUCCUCUUCUUCUUCCUCCUUCUCUUCGUUCUCUUCCUCCUCCUUCUCCUCCCCCGCGUGUAAUCAAUUUAAUCUCGCGAGACAGUUGAUACUCUUGUGCGGUACGCGCAAAGGAGCACACCGGUCCUCGUUGCGCUUUGAUCCCCCACAUACACGUCACCUUAAUUCGAUCAAUCAUCGGGAAGUUGGUGAGAUAUGGCCGGCGCAAUGUGGCCUGGAGUAUUACCGUUACUGGUGUUACUAGCGGUCCUGCUGCAUCCAUCGAGAUGUACGCAGAAAGUGAACUUUCGGGAGAAGGAGAAGCAAGUGCUCGACAACAUCCUAGGACCAGGCCGAUACGAUGCGCGCAUCCGGCCGAGCGGGGAGAACGGAACAGAUGGGCCGGCCAUUGUCCGGGUAAACCUGUUUGUGCGAAGCAUUGCGACAAUUAGUGACAUCAAGAUGGAAUACUCCGUACAAUUAACAUUUCGGGAACAAUGGUUGGAUGAGAGAUUACGGUUUAAUGACUUCGGAGGUCGACUUAAAUAUUUAACUCUGACGGAAGCUAAUCGCGUCUGGAUGCCGGAUCUGUUCUUUUCGAACGAGAAGGAGGGUCACUUUCACAACAUCAUUAUGCCCAACGUAUACAUACGAAUUUUCCCGAAUGGCUCGGUUCUUUACAGCAUACGGAUAUCCUUGACGCUCUCGUGUCCCAUGAAUUUGAAACUGUAUCCCCUGGAUCGACAAAUUUGCUCACUUCGUAUGGCCAGUUACGGAUGGACGACGGACGACUUGGUCUUUCUCUGGAAGGAAGGCGAUCCCGUUCAAGUGGUCAAGAAUUUACAUCUACCCAGAUUCACCCUCGAGAAAUUUCUCACGGACUACUGCAAUAGCAAGACAAACACCGGAGAGUACAGUUGCUUGAAAGUGGACCUGCUGUUCAAGAGGGAAUUCAGUUACUAUCUUAUUCAAAUCUACAUCCCGUGCUGCAUGCUCGUUAUCGUGUCCUGGGUGUCUUUCUGGCUGGAUCAGAGCGCCGUGCCUGCUCGGGUGUCACUAGGCGUUACGACACUACUGACGAUGGCCACGCAAACAUCGGGGAUAAACGCCUCACUGCCACCAGUCUCCUACACGAAGGCUAUCGACGUCUGGACGGGGGUGUGCUUGACUUUUGUGUUUGGCGCGCUACUCGAAUUCGCACUGGUUAACUACGCGUCGCGAAGCGACAUGCACAGCGACAACAUAAAGAAGCAGUUUCCGACGAGCGAGAUGGAACAUUCGUCGUCGAUCGAUCCAUCCUCGGAACUGCUCGAGCCGGAUGGAUCUGCCAAUUUCGCCAUGCAACAACAGCAGAUCGGCGGUAAUCCGACGAUAACGCAGCAUCAUUCGCUGCCGCGUACAUACCAGCAGGACCAGCAGCAACAGCAACAGCAUCAUCAUCAUCAUCACCACCAUCACCAUCAUCAGUUGCAUCGUCAUCAGCGUUAUCAUCCGAAUCGUUCGCCGUCGCCGUCUUUCUCGCUAUUGAACGACGAAGACUGCGUCGCCGGCCGGUGCUCGCCGAUGAGGGCACCGCGACAUCACUCGCGCAGGAGCUCGGCGAGAUCGUCGCCGUCGCCGUCGCGAUGGCCUUCGCCGGCCUCCUCCGCGUCGCCCUUGGGCACGCCGUCGCGCACCUUGUCGCGCGCCGCGACGCCCUCGCCGCCGAUCGCGGCACCGACUUCGUCCGCGGUACCGCCGCCCACGUUAGCGACGAUGCCGUCGCAAGCGCUCGGUUGGUCGGAGCUGCUGCGGAAAGUAUUCACCUGUCGUGCCCACGGUAGCGCGAGGAUCGACAUCAUCGCCCGCGUUUCCUUCCCCCUCGCGUUCGUUUUUUUCAACUUUGCCUACUGGUCUACUUAUCUGUUAAGCGGCGAUGACAACAUGGGCAUAAAGAAUUAAGUGAAGAGGAAGAAAAAAAAAUGUGCACUGAGACAAAAUCAUACGUGUGCGAAGCCAAGCCGAGUGCGAUCCGUCAAAUCACAGAAAUCCUUGAACAAACAUCAAGGCAAAGCUUUAUACAAGCUUUGAUCGUAAGAUAAUCCGUUAACACCAGUGAUAUAAAUUAGAUCGCAUUUGCUCGACGAGGCUCCGAUCGGAGGCAAUUCGACGAGGAGAUUCCUUCACUGCCCGCGCCUGAAACGGAUAUAUUCCAGGACAAGGAUCACUUAAAGCGUAACGAGGAUGUUAGCGAUGUUCGCUAAACAUUGCGACGGUCAAAAUGAUGAGGACGAUGAAAUAUAACAUCUUAGCUGCAUUUCACACACACACGCACACACACACGCGCACGCACGCACACACCCACACACACGCGCACACACACACACACACACACACGUACAUAGACACACACGUAUGCAUGCACAUCGUACCUCAUAAGCUCGGAAGACCGCGUGCCACAGACUGAAAUGAAAGCGUAGUGGGCCCUGUAUAGCCACGGCCUGUUAACAAUUAAAGAAAAAAAAGCGUAAAGUUUAUAAGUAUAAAUAUAUCUACGUUGCGCGAGAUCGCGCGUCGUCGGACCGCGGACGCGUUCGUCGUUGCGAAAUUAACGUCGGACAGUUCGCCGGAUCCAGUAAAUAUUAUCGUGAAGUGAGGUUAACGGUGAGAUAACUCGCGGCGACGUCGAGACAACGUAGUUCGUUUCGAUUUCCACGUAGGAUGACAAGCGCACGAGAAUAAGCUGCGCCUUGUUAUUUCAAGAAGACGAAAUGACCGACAUUGGCUCGCGGUGUCGCGCCAUUAUCCCUUUUCAAGGCUGCAUCAGAUGUAUGUACACGAAGCAGCGGAACGUUUGACGCUGGAAAAUGAAUAUUGAAAGCUAUAUAUCUAGAAAGGUGUUGAACGUUCCGAUGAUCUUCCGGGUGUACAGGACAGCCUGUUGAUGAGCUGGCGGGUUUAUCAAUUCUAGCGGUACCAAGCCAUGAGGAUUGCACUUUCGAAAACCCGUAUUUGAAUUGUCAUUUUUUAUUUAUCUCAUAUAGUUUGAAAAGAAAUGUAUCAGGAAAUAGUCGUCGCAAAAAGUGAAAUUUCAAAGGCAAGGGUUCUACUUUAAUCAUGUCGGUGGAUUUCAGAGCACAUUCCCCUGUUCUUCCACCGAUGUCUUGGUAUCGCUAGGCUCAAUUCUUAUCCGGGCAGUCUUUCUUUUCGUGAGAAAAAAAACGAGACAACGCUCGCAAAAGUGAUUAUUUAAAGUUAUCGGUAAAGAUUUUAAGCUUUUUAAACGAAUUUGUGAAAGAAACGUUGAGUGAUGGAAGAUAAGUCCAGUUUUCUUUCCUCGCGAAAAUAAUCUGGAGCCCGGAUGAAGAUUGACACAGAGUGCGAGCCAACGGCGGUCGCGGGCUCGCGAUACAAAGUAUCGGCAAAGCGGUCGCGUCGCGCGCAUACCGCGUACAACGUAUUUCCUGUUUCCGCUGCCCCGAAUCGGCGUUCGCCCGGGUAAGGACUCCCGGCGACGCGACACGGGGCUCUCCCACGUAUAUUGCUCAGAAGAGAUCGGCGACGCCGCGCCUGGAAAUCUAUACCCGUCGACCUGUCCGUCGAGAAGCUGCGGUGUCGUCGACCUCGCGGAUGGAACGAGGAGACGACGAAGACACGCAGAACGUGCUCAUAGAGAAAGAAAAAGAGAAAAACAAAAAAAAGAGAAAAGAACAAAAAAGAGAAAGCAGUGCGGACGAUUGUAUUUUUUGAAACACGCCGGAAGACGCUACCUUCAAACGAGAGACAACAUAGCGCGUUUGCUGGCGUCGACGACGGCAAAACUCGAGAACACAUCCCACCCUAUACGUGUGGUACAUAGCGAAGAGUGAGAAGUGCGCGAUCAAGGCAAAUGACACGUUGCGCCGUCAAUUUCGAAUCUGAGAAAUCAUUCGGAGGGUACUUUCGGCAUCCGACGAAUGAUUCGCGAAGGGAUGAGUUUCGUCGUUGCGCGACGUGUCCGAUCGCACCACCCGUUCUUCCCCGUUCGUCGUCGUAUCUUCCUUUUACUUCGUGCAACCGAUAGCGCGUGCGUAAAAAGUGAAAAUCUCGCGGAUCUUCGACAAUCCGCCCAUGACAUCGACGAGUAUCUCGCACCUCCGUAGGACCGCGUAUUAUAUCUAGGGACAGACGUAUAUGUGGGGAUAAGUCACUUCUUCUUUCUAUAAAAAGGAAAUUACAAUUUAUAAGAUUAUAUUCUGUCGGGUCGACACGCUAAACUGAUUGAUAAAUCGAUUUCGUUGUUUCGAUGCGACAUUCGCUUUUAUAGAUAGCGAAAAGUGAAUAUAUCUCCGGGUACAACAAGCCCUUCUUGGUUCCGCGAAGCGCGGUAGAUUCGGAACGCGUUCUCGUGAAAAAUUAAUUGUCGUAAAUGCAGAAAUAAAUGUCAUUCACGGUGACAGUUUUUUUUAUAACAAAUUGCACCUUUCGAAAAUAUUACCGUAAAGGUAUAGAGAAAGAGUAGAGGGGCUGGCGAGGAUUUCAGUUUAUGUUUACGUCACAGUCACGAGAUUAUCGUUUAGGCAGGCUUGUCUAAAUCCCGGGAGAAUGAAAAAACCGCGUCAUUACUUUUGCUGACGAAAAAAAAAUUUUUUUUUUAUUCGGACGAUUCCGGCAAUCGGGAUACAUCUGCACCUACACCUGUUUCUCUUCAACCCCCUUUCGGGGAGGAGACUACUCUCCCACCAUAGAGCAAUAGUACACCUCGUAGUGCCGAGCGAUAUCGAUUACCAUUUUCCUGGGAAUUCAACAUUGAAUAUUGGUGAAAUCGGACAAAUGCACAUUGUAAUCUCUCGACCCGUGACUCAUCAUCAAAUUCUCCAUCUCUCACUUCGCGCAAUCCCGACGCGAAUAGAGGACCGACACAUUUGCGUAGAUUCGGAUGUAUACAUAGAAUCGGGAACGAUUCACCGGUUGCGUGUCUAUGCGUAAGGUAUCCGAACCAAUAUCGUAAUCCAAGUUAGAUGAGCAAGAAUCGAUACGAUAUUAUCACAAACGUAAUGUUAGCAAUAAUAGGAAGGAACAUCUAAUCUUCAUUAUUUAUGCCGACUGUUUCAAGCAUUCUUGUAUAGAGUAAUCGGAUCGUAGACGUAUAAUAGAGACGGAUAGGACAAAUUCUUCAUUUCUCAUUUUCCUGUUAAACCAUUUCGUAUUCUACUUCGUGCCUAUCUGUAUCGUGUCUACAUGUGUGUGUGUGUGUGUGUGUGUGUGUCUGUGUGUGGUUUGGAUAUAGUACGCGUGGACACGUGGUUUCUGCGUAAACACCCGGUAUUAUCGGCUUCCGCGCGAAGCUCCCGGGGACGGGCGCGACUCCGUGUAUAUUUAAGGAUGUCUCUCCGUAUGUGUCUACGUGAGAGAUUUAAAGGGACACAAAGCCAGUAUUUGCGAAACGAUUGCACGUAGAGAUCGGCGAUAAAUCGCGCAUUUAUCCUGCGCUUCGUCGCUGUACAUAGAAUAAAUCGCGAAGAGAAUGUGUUAAACGAGCGUACUCUCGACAGCGUACCGGCGCUCAGGUGUCUGAUAGCGAAAGUUCAUCCGAUGCUCGGCAUUGCACGGUCCGAAUUAACAGAAUUAAAUAGCUGCGAAAUUUUGCAGGGUCAUCAAGGAUCGUUAAGAUAGGGUAAUCCGCGUGAAACUCUUCGCACCAUUCUUGAGAAGAGAAAAUCCAAACCAUUUCGAUGACAAGCGCGUCGUGUUCCGAAGUAUUUCGACUUCAUUUCCACGUGAGAAGUCACGAGAGAAGAUUUAUAUCGAUCGAGAGAUUAUAUCGUUUUGCACGUAAAAUCAUAGGAUCUCUUGACACAUCGCAAUCCGUACAGAGCAACCAUAACGAGCGAGGAGCUUUCUUUCUCCACGUAACACGAGCAAUUCAAGAAGAAAGAAGGCUUUCGGAGAAACAUCUUUCUCCGAGAGACAUCUUUCUUUCUUCUUGAGUUGUUCGUAUUGCGCGGCUUAUGUUAAAACGAGGAAUUGGACUCGAUUUGCAUAUUUGAUUUGCGAUCGAAGACUGCUUCCAAUGCGUUGCCUCGUUUGCCGAUUCCCCUUCUCGAGAAGCCGCUGCUCCUUGGAUCUUGAAGACGAGGCUUCCGACUACCUUAGCGGCUGCGGAAAAUUGACUGACAUUUAAUUAUAGAUUUCAUCGAAUCUGCUGCACGCACGCGCAAGCACACGUGUGUCACCGACAGAUGCGUAUCCUCCUCAGUUCCAGUGUUAUAUCGCUGAAGAAAAAAAAAGAGAUGAAAGAAAUUCCCGGAGUAGAGUAUCGGCAGUACAUACAUAGCGUUUGCGUCUACUGAGGAGAAUACGCGCGGUGACCGGAAGUUAAGGACGACCGUGUAAAAUUUUCAUCCUCACCUUCACACUUGUCACCUGCUUGCUUGGUGUCACUUCGGUCCAGGCGAGAUCGAUUCGCACACCGAGAACACACAUAAUGUCUCACCAUGGACACAUACAUACAAACUUAUACAUGAAUAUAUGAUCCUCGCACGCACACAAAGUACGAUCUUGUUGUAUCGCGGACAUAAUUAUAAGCGCGCCAUAGAGCUCUCUCUCCCACGUCCGAAGACACACCUAAAAGGGUUUUAAUGUUAUUGUUAUAUGCGUACGUUGUAAUAUAUGUGAACGAAGCAUGCUGAGCCCUGUAAAAAAAAAGAAAAAAAAAUAAAUCCCUCCUUUACUCCCCAACUCAUGCGAGGAGCUUGUUACACGCGUGUGCGCACACGUACAAAUAUCCGUGUAUCACGUGUCCCACGAGGAAAUCGCGUUAUCCGCGGCACAUUACAUCGCCGAGGAUACAGCCCGAUGAGAAAAUCGCACUUCGGCGUUAACAUUACAAUUAGAACAUCAGUAGGGUGUAUCGUUUUCUUGUAAUCACGAACGGACGGCGAGCGGAUCCACUCGCGGCCUCUACCAGAAGUACGGUGCAAUACACGAAUCGUUUAACAUUCUGAAAUUGACAGACACAGCAAAUUGUUACGCCGAAUUAUAAUAAAUUUAUUGAAACGCACGAUGGCCAAUAGAAUAUCCUAGAAACUUAUUGUGUCUUUUAAUCGAUUCAAAGAUGCAACCCGAAGUUUCGAUCGAGGCUGCGGAGAGGACCUCCUCGCCGUAAUCGCGAUCCAGUCGUUCGACGUCGAUCACCUCCCUCCUCGUUUCUUAAGUAAUCCCUUAAAAAAAAAAAUAAAAAAACCGCGCUCGUUCCGGAUAAGUACGCUCGACGAGCGGAUAUUGUACGUUGUCCACAAUAAUCGUAAAGAUUGUAUCCUCCCCAGGCGAAAACGACGGAACAAUCGAUUCUCGAGUGAGCACGCGCCUCGAGAGAAUGCAUGUAAGAUAAAAGAUAUUGCAUGUUUGUGAUUCGUAAGUGCAUUUAAGCGCACGAUAUUCCAAGAUGUGUAACAUAAUAAAUUUGUAUCGUGGCACAUAGUCCGAUAAAAAAAAGAAA